AUGGAGCACUCGCUAUCCGGAAGAAUAGAGGCCGGAGGAUCCUCUGAUGGCACCGUCGUCGCGACUCCUGGCGCCGCCGGCGUCGACGACAACGUCGAUCAAGAGGUGCGUGACACACUUGCAGAAACACCAUACGAGGAAGCCACUGCGGACGAAACGACAGACUUCCCCCCUCUCCCUGACUUGGGUAAUAUCGAAGCGCGUCACCUUCGCAGAACCUCUAAUCAUGAAGCGAGGACACUGGAGCGUCAAGGGCUUCUGUACACAGACCUGUAUCGCCAAUUGCAGCUUCGGCCCGAAAGAUAUCUUGAAUUCUACACCGGUGUUCUGUGGCCCCUUCGCUACAACCACCUGGAGGAGGUCCAAAGAGGCACGCCAGCAGGCCACAGAGCAUUAACGAACCGUCUCUUGAGAAGAUAUGGCGACACCAUAUGGCCCGCGACGUCCACGACUGGAUCUGGAUGGCUCAUUGACGACGCCGAACUCAACGAAGGUGAAGUUCGCUUGAAAUAUGUGAAGCCUCCCAGCAGGGCCGGCGCAAGCACAGUUCCUGAGAAUGGGCCAUUCUUCACCAUCUUCGACGCUUUCUGGGCGCGCAUGCGCAACGCCAUCUUCACCAUACGCACUCAGUCAGGUGGACGUCCCAGAACCAGCAGCAACAGGAACGACGAUCCUGCCGCCGCCGCCGCCGCCCUCGACCAAACAAUAAUGUUCCUGACCCGCGAAGAAACCAGAGCGUCCCUGGACCACAUCCAGGCCCGGUUGCUUGAGGUCUUGCAGGAAAGCGACCCUCAAAUCUUCGCAGAGGAGUGGGUUGAAAUGUUCGGGCGCCUCCAGGUGAUCGAGAGUGAUCUCCCCAUGGCUCCAGCCGUGGUCGCAAUGGUCAACGGGACCACCGAUGAAGGCCCUCCUCCUGCCAUGUCCAACGAGCCGUUCAUCAGCCAAGGCAACCCGGUUCGAGAUCCCCAGUCGACCGUCCCCCCGACCAUCAUCCCCAGCGUCAUGUCUGUGUGGAUCACCACGGUCUACGUCCCGCCCGACAUGACCGCCGGAGCCAUCGACGGAGCCAUCGACGGAGCCGCCGCCGCCGCCGCCCGAUCCUCCCGCCCGAUCGUCUGGCUUGACGCACCAGUCCGGGAGCGCGACAUGCGUCACUUCGUUGGAGGCGUCAACGCGCGCGUCGUUGCCCCGCCGUCCAAGAUCAAGGGUUACAUGUUGAGCUACGGCUGGAGUGAUGUCUGCCGCAUUAUUUGGACCGGUCCGUUCAGCAGCGCCGAGAGAGAUGACCAGGGAGAAGAGACGAAGAUGGAGACGGAGACGGAGACGGCACUUCUCGAGCAAGGCUGGACCCAGCUCCGCAGCGACCUCGAGACCGCUUCUCGCGAUCGUGUCAAUAUCUGGAGAAUGAAGGUGGUCGUCAUCGCUCUGCCUUGA